AUGUAAAAUAAUGCAAAAAAGUAAAUAAGUAGACCUAAAAAGUGUUAAAAAUAAAGAAAUUUAAGAGACAAAAACAAUUGUAAUAGUGUUAAUUUAAAAUCCAAUUAGGCGGCAUGUUAAUAAGAGUAUUAAAUAAAUAUAUCAAAUAUAGGUAAACUACAACUAAAAAGGUUAAGAAUGAGAAAACUAUUUCUCUUAUAAUGAUUGAAGAAAUUCCUUUCACAUAAAAUAGAAUUCAAUAAUUAAAUUCAUAAAAGUAAGAGAAUUUGAUUUGUGAACAAUUUUCAAAAGAUUUAUAUUCAUUUACUGUUAAUAACCUUUUAGAAGAUAAUUAAGAUAAUGAGUCAGAUACUUUGAUUGAAUUUAUGAGAUAAUAAGUAAAAUUUGAAGAAAUUUAUAGUUAUUAAAAAAAUUACUUAAAAAACUAGAAUGAAAUUUAAAGUCAUAUGGUGGCUAUUUUAUUUGAUUGGUUGAUUGAAGUAGCUCAUUCAUUCCAUUUUAAAAGGGAGACAUUUUAUUUAUCUAUAAAUUACAUUGAAAGAUUUCUUCACAGAUAACCAAAUAUUUCAAUAACUAAAUUCUAAUUUCUUGGAGUUGUAGCCAUUUUUACAGCUCAUAAAUGUGAAGAAAUAUAUCCAAAAGCCUUAAAAGAUUUUCAUCGACUUAUAUAAGAUUAAUAUACUAUUAAAGAUAUGGAGGAAAUGGAAGUAUCAAUUUUAAAAUGCCUUGAUUUCAGAAUGAAUCCAAAUACUCCUAUAUUUUGGUUGAAUUAUUACACAAAAUUAUGGGAUGAAUUUAUUAUUACAAAAGAACUAAAUGUAUUAUUUAAAGAUAAAACUAAUUAAUCUUAUUAUAGAUAUAGAGAAUUGGUGUAAUUGUUUGAUGUGUGUCUUAUAGAUUAUAAAUAUAAGAAAAAUGAAAAAUUAACUGCUUUAAGUUUAAUCUAUUUAGUUAUAGCAAAAUCAUUACAAAUAUUUCAAGAUUAUAGAACUAUUGCAAUUUCUUAAUUAGAAAUUAUAAACUUUUUCUAUUCAAAUCAUGAAUAUAAUUUAUUAUUCAGAUAAUUCAUAAAAUAAUCAGAUUUGUAUCUAAAUUUUGAUAAAAAAAUAGAAGUAUUUUAAUUUAUAAUAAUUUAGUAUGAAGAUUUAAAAGAUGUGGUUUUUGAGACUACCAAAUAUUUCAUACUUCGAUUUGAUAAUACUUUGCCAAGAGUAUUACUCAAUAAUCAAGAGUUGAUAGAUGAAGUAAUUUCAAAUAUUAAAUUUAGUUAUAACAUGAGGAAUUGCUCUCAUUUCAAACUUACAAUAGAAAUACAAUAAAAACUAUAAAUUUACUCUUAUAAUCAUAACAAUGA